AUGCAAUAUUCAGAAUCGGACCGGUCAGACGCUUCCACUCCUGAAAUACGUAAUGUUGACACAAUUUUCGUCGCUAAACAUAAUCGAUCAGCUGAUUUAUAUCAGAAAAUUAUUGAGAUAACAUCUGAAUUGUUAGUGGCACUUGAAGAUGAAAAGAAUUACUUGAUGUGCGAUGUCUUAUAUGCUUGGGCAGUUAAACAACAAAAAAUUAGUAUUGGUACACUAUGGGCUCAACAAGUGCACUAUAAUCUUCUUGAUACAAUUGAUAAAUUUGAAUAUUUUGGUGAGUUACUUGAGCAAACUCUAUCUGGUUUAAGUUAUCUCAUGAAAAAGUGCCCUAAUGACGGUUUCGAUAUAUUUUAUGCCAAAUUACAAGAAACCGCUCUUUAUUUUUUAUACUAUUCUAUUAUCGUUUCUCGCCAACCACCAUCUGUGGUCAUCAAAUGUGGAGAAGCUGAGAAUCACAGACGAAGUCGAUUUUGGUUUAAUACCGAAAUAAGGGUUUUGGGUGGACGAGCAUUUAAAGUUGAUGAAAAUGGAAAGGGUGUUCAAGUUGAAUGUUUUCUUAUAACUGACGACACCGCUCGGCAACUGUUAGCAGAUGCAUAUCACAGAAUUUUUGAAAACGAAGAAUUUUCGAUUGAACCUCAGUUAGCAAGCUUCAAUUUGUUGGAAAUGAACGGUUUAUUAGCAAAGUUCGAAGAUAUGCGCGUCUCGAAAAAAGAUCACCUUCGUCGUGAUUCUGUGGCAACUAAGCGUUAUUGUUUAUGCUACAACAUACAAUUAAACGCUUCGCAUGGCAUUGAGUUAAUCGGUAAAAAAGUCUCGUUACCCUUUGCUAUUUUAGUUGGGCCGAAAAGUGAAGUUGAAGCAAGAUUAUUUCUCGAACGAUCAUUCGCAAAUCUUGUUCGACAACCUUUAAGCGAUGUACCUAAAUUUGUGAGUUGUCAAGAAAUGGUGGACGCUUUAGAUAUGAAAAUUUCUGUUUUACAGGAUAAGAAACAUUUACUUAUAAGACUGAACCCAGAUCGUGAUGGAGAAAUUAAUCUUGAAAACUUCACCAAACUAGCUGUUUGUCAAGAAUAUAGCAUAAAAAAGGUAUCGAAUGAAGGUGAGUGGAAAUUGCUACCUUUUUCUGAGUGGUUUUUCAAGACUGCGGAAAUUAUCAACAAAUAUCUUUAUCAGCUUUGGUUUGAAGGGCUUGUCUACGGUUUUUGUGGUAAAGACGAAGCGGAAGAGUUAUUACGGUCUCUACCUUAUUCUUGUCUUCUUAUACGAUUCUCCGACGUAGAAUAUGGUAAAAUAAAAGUUAGUGUACGAUAUCGUAAUGGUGUAAUCCAACAUCACUGGUAUAAUCAUGCAGACCUCAGCGCAAGACCACUGCAAAAAGAAUUGUUGACAAAUCACAAAUUCUCAGAAGUCGACUAUAUUUAUCCAAAUAUCAACUUAAAAACUGCGCUUGGAGAUCGGCAAAAACCAAAUGAUUUUCAAAAACCUAGGAUUCUUAAUCCUACUCCUUUCUACUUCGAUAACCAAGGAGCCGCAACAUCAUCAUUCUGA